GGAAUGUCGGGCAACCCACCUUCGUCGCUGUUGCGUGUGGACGGAACUGCAGUUUUUAAUGGAACUGCUGAUGUUGGUACAAAUGCCACCAUGCAUGUGCCCAUUAAUCGACAUGGAUCUGAUGUCCUACAAAAUUCUUCUAUUGCCCAUGAUGUGUCAGAUUGGCUUGCUCGCAACAAUUCAUAUAUAAGAACAUCUCGCACCAGUACCAAUCCUGCUAUGCGCGAAGGAAACACCGAUAACACAGGUAAAGUUAGCUUGUUAUUUCUUGCGUCCCACGCCAUUUAAUUUAUUGUUUUUGACAAAUGAUGGUGCUACUGUCUCACCUCUAAGUGCAAGAAAAAAAAGGAAAAGAGACAUGGAGCAGAAUAUCAAACGGAGGGAAAGAUACAAUAGUAACAAAAAAGGUGUAAACGUUGGGAAACCAAACUAUGACUCCGGUAUUUGGGAAUCCGAUGACGAGAUGUUGGCCGCGCAAGAUGAGGAGGAUCUGGAUUGCAAAGCGCCAGAUGAUUGUGAAUUUGAUCUUGAUGUUCUCACGGAUGACGAAGCAAGAGUCUACCAUAGUAAUGAUGUGCAGUUCAGUACAAUCAGGGAACCAGAAGUGGUUAUCUUGGACAGUGAUUCUUACGAAAGAGUAUACAACGAUCUGCCUGCUGAACAUCUUGUGUUGAGGAAAGUGCCGAUAUGCGAGUAUUGUGGUGCUAUAAGGUUUUCAAGUGAAGGUCCCGGUUUUUGUUGCAGACAAGGAAAAGUUAAUAUAGUGAAUACACCAGUUCCCGACGAUCUGCAUUGCUUGUUUACAAGCUAGACGGAUAGGGAUGCCUUGUAUUUCAGAAAAAAUAUUCGGUAUUUCAACUCUCAUUUCUCUUUCACAAGCUUUGGAGCUACUGUGGAUCAUCGGGUCGCUACUGCAGCUGGUACUGGUAUCUAUACUUUCAAAGUGCAUGGUUAGAUUUUUCAUAGACUGGACCAGCUGAGAUCGGGAAAAGACUGUCCGCGUCAUAUGCAAUUGUACUUCUAUGACACGGAUGAGACCCUAUCACACAUAAGCAAAAGAUCACCCCAUCUUGACUCAUGAUUGAUUCGGACUAUUCUUCGAAUCCUCGAGAAUAAUCCGUAUGUUCGUGUCUUAGGAAUGUUGGACAAAUGCAAAAUUUGGAUGAGUUGAAAAUUGAAUUGAACACCAGUAUUUCGGUUGAUCAAAGAAGAUAUAACACACCUGGUAUGGAUCAAGUUGCGGCUAUCUGGCAGGAUGGCUAUGAUGAAAGAAAUAAAUUUAAACGUAGUAUUAUGAUUUAUCCAAAUUCUGGUUGUCCAAAAUUUAUUCGGGCGUACCAUGGUUGUUAUGAUCCGUUAGCUUACCCUAUCUUGUAUCCCGGUGGUGAGACUGGAUUGGAAGACAAAAGUAUACUGUUGGAGGAAACACCGACAAUACGCUUUCCCCGAAGUAGAAGAAAGUAUACAAAGCGCAAAACUGAUGGUAUGACAUCUACAUGUCCUAAGUAGAUGGCAAUGUACUUAUUAACAGAUAGUCAUACUGCUCCUUCAAAA